AUGAUAGGAGGAGAGCACAAGAAGGAGCGGUUCAGCGAGCGCCUGUCCAUGGCCCAGAACCAGCCCAAGAACCGCGGCUACCUCCCGGGGACGCAUCUUAAGACAGGCGGCUAUGGCACCAGUACACUAAUGGGCAACUGGAGUGAGGAGCGCUUCGACGCAGGGUACUACGACGGCAAGGCGCUUGUUGCAUCCAGUCUGCGCACGCCGUGGAGCACAACGUACCGUGAGAUGGUGCAGAACGUCGCGACACCGGCCGGCUUCAGUGCCUCCGCGUCCGGCGCCGCCCCGUGCGAUCGCACACAAUUCUCUCAGGAGACUUUCAUGGCCAUUGAGGACCAUACGGAGAGCUCGUACCCGGCCCACCAGCCCCACCUAGACCCCGCAUGGCAGGAAACCCUACAGAGUACCCAUCAGAGUACCUUCAAGACCACCUACAUCCACCCCAAUGUGCGGCGGCAGGAGGUGAAGGCGUACGUGCCGCCAGUGCUGGGCGGCAAACCGUCGUCGCAGUCCACCGGCGUGCUGUUACGCCUUCGACGGCAACUAGAACUGGCACAGGAGUCGCCGGAUGGCACUGCCGGGACAUGUGCUGUCGUCAGUGCCUUUCCGGGCAACGUAAUCUGCUCCCUCCGCAAGGCGUUGGCCGAUGCGUGCACUGACCCCAACGGCUACAUCAAUGCCAAGGAGCUGCUGGAGGGUUUCGCCGCUGCCGGUGUCACCGCCGUCCCCGCUGAGUGCGUGGCGCUGUUGCGCUACUUUGACCACGAGGGCAGUCAGACGGCGCCGUACGUAGCAAUCGUUGAUGCUGUUCGAGGAGAGAUGAACAGCCGCCGGGCCGACCUUGUUGAAAGUGCCUAUGGCCUCCUGCGCUCUCUGAGCCCUGACGGCGUUGUCCGUCUCGAUAAGCUGGUUGAGUGGGUUGACGUAGAGCAGCUGCCGGCAGUGCAGUCGGGCUCCGUGAGUGCGGAUGCAGCACGCACCGCCUUCGCCGCCCAGUGGGAUGCCCGUAGGCCAACAACGCACAUCACGCAGGCUCGCUUCGCCGACUUCUUCGCCGAUGUAUCCUUUGAGAUUCCACUGGACAACACGUUCGAGCUGGUGCUGCGUAACAUCUGGCAUAUGAGCGGCGGCCGUGGCAGCUGCGAAAACACGUCCUGCAGACGAGUGGAGGUGGUUCACACGAACGGGCGAGUGACCAAGGACGAGAUCAAGAACGACCUGCUCAUAAAGGACACCGGCGACGAAGCUACCCUGGAGUCGCUGCUGCGCGCGAACUUGGCAAAGCAGGGUAUCAAGGAUGUCAAGUCUGUUCGUGUGGCGUCACCAGCGUGA